GUUAGCACAAUUUGGUGGCUGAUAGUAAAUAAAUACUUGGACUUGGAUCUUAAACAUCGAAAUACAAUCGUUUCAAAUAGGUGUUCAAAGUUUGUCGUUAAUGCGUAUGGAGAUUAAAAAGCGUCAAUGCGCUUUUUCAAAAAAUUGUCAUAGGAUCUUAUACCACAAUUUCGUUUUCGAUUAGUAAAGAUUUGCCCUUUUCGUAUAAGAAUGGAAGAUACAAGUUUGGCACCGAAGGCUCCAGUGUGGCGAGAAUCCGCCAGUUUGAUAAUAUGUGCAAAAAAUGUGGAAAUAACUGAUGGUUACGAUUACGAGCUUUUAAUGAUAAAAAGGUCGGACCGUACUGCUCUUAUUCAAAAUCAAUGUGUAUUCCCGGGUGGAAUAUAUGAUCCUUUUGACGAAAGCAUAGAAUGGUUAAAAUAUUUUGAAGAAUUCGGAGUAAACCAGCAAACAUUAAAAAACUUAGUAAUAGUCGACAAUAAAACAGAACGGCCGAAAAUUAUGGCUCCCCAAGGCACUGGCUGUUACGAUAGGUUUUUCAAAAGUUCUAAAAUUUGGGCAAGAGAGAUUUCCUUGCGCAUUAACGCUAUUCGUGAGACUUUUGAAGAAGUUGGAAUUCUCAUGUGUCGUCGAAGAGACCAAUUAAACUCAUUGACAACGGAGGGUUUUUGUGAACUAUUACUCGAUAAAUCCGACUGGCAGAAGGCUGUACACGAUGAUUCACGAAACUUUUUACAAAUGUGUCGUGAAUUAAAAGUUGUACCUGAUUUGUGGAGUUUACAUGAAUGGUCUUGUUGGGCUAGUCCGGCAGUUAUCAAAAAAGGGUAUGAGACAGCGUUUUAUAUCACAUUUCUAAGUGAGAAGCCAGACAUUAAUUAUGACCAAUCCGAAGUAAAAGAAUAUAUGUGGCUUCCACCUCAAAUUCUACUGGAAAUGGUACGAAAUUGUGAAAUAUUCUUCUUGCCCCCACAGUUUUAUGAAAUUUCUCGUUUUGUGCCCUACAAAUCAUACGAUUAUCUUAGAAAAUUUGCAAAAGAACGAAGUGGUAAGGGUACAUCUACAUAUCAUCCCAUUGUCUAUAACUGCACAGAUGGUAUGGUUUCUAUUCUGCCAGGAGAUGACUUCCAUGCCGGUUGUCCUCGGGUUUCAACAAUUUACAGGAAUGUGGACUUUACCACUGACGAAUUUCGUGCACAUUCGAAACGCAUUCACAGAAUGGAAAACUUAGGUUCUCCAGACGCUGUAAUUCAUUUGAAUUUUGAACCGUUGGAUGGACAUUUGAAGCCUCUGUGCGCGUUUCAAGCAAAUCACAAACUAUAAAAAUAUUUACUAAAUAAAAAAUUCAAUGUGGCUGGAGAAGAAUAUCUUCUAAAAUAAAAGGUUAACUGGGUUAAAUA